UAAAAAAUUGUAUGGAAGAAUAUUAUUAAAUCGAAUUCUUUUUAACGAAUAUAAAAAAAAACGUUUUUAUUUUAUGUAAUAAAACGUCAUAAAUCGAAUUGAUCGAAAAUUGUUUACUUGAGUAUGAAGUGUGCUGUGCUAAAAUAUAACGAUCAAAUACAAAUAAUAAAAAGCAAAAAAAUAAUCAAAAGAAAUUAAUCAAGCUGCAAUAAAAAAAUACUAUAAGAGACAGUUCCAUAAUCAAUGCUAUUCACCGUAUUUUGUCUGUUGUUUAUAAACGGUGGCAUACAAAGUAUAACAGCUGGAGCACCUGAAAGUUUAUCAGUGCCACUAUGUUGCCCCGCCACCAAUUGGAAAUUGGCGAGAAUAUCAAGAGGUUUAUUUCGUUACGACGACUAUACGUGCAUUCCACCAAAGGAGGAUAGCAUAACACAAACUCUGGAAGCAGCAAUUGUACCAUUUGAAAAGAGUUCUCCCGUUUAUGGAUAUGGCAUUGUGGCACCAAAAGAUCACGAGCUUAAUUCCACUAUACCAAAGUGUGAUGGUAAAAAUUUUGUCGAACAUACAUUAGAUAAGGAUUUUGAAAUUCCUUCAUUAUCUUGUUUAAUGGGAAUUGCGGAGGAUCGUGUGGCAGCUAUAUCCUGUUUAACGGAUUACAGUAAGGAAUUACAGGCAUUCAGUUACAUACACAAAUGCUGUCCCAACAACUAUGUCUACGAUAGCAGCCAACGAAAAUGUGUGGAGGCUUCUGCAAAUUUUCAUUUAUAUAGAAAAUUAUUUAAAAAUGCUGCCAUUUUUAAUGCAAAUUAUCUUGCUUGCCCACGCAAUAAAGUUUUGGUGGAAUAUCAAUUAAAUGAUUUUAAAUUUUCCAUCGACAAUGGUCAAUUAUUUUUAAGAACAUUAAAUAAAAAAUUCGAUUUUUCGGAAUAUUGCAUUGAAGCGGUUACACCAAAUGCCGCUGGUGAUAAUCAAUCAAACAAUCCAAUAUUAAGACAAGAACAACAGUAUCUAAUACGAACAUGCGAUGAUAUUUUGCCAGUAUGUCGUCGCAUGCCAUGCAUUAGAAGAUGCUGCAAUGAUGGUGAAAUGUUUACGAAGGGAAAUGCCACAUCCUACUGCAGACGUGACGAAUCCGAUACAUAUUUUCAUAGUUUUGAAAGUCUAGAGAUUAGUGGCAAUUUUUCAAAACCUUCAGUUUUUGGAAUUUUACGCAGCUUGGAUUGUCUCAAAUAUCGUUUAGAUCCGGAUGCUUAUUCCGAUGAGGCCCACACGAUCAGUGAACGUGAUGGAUCCCUUUAUGUGAUGGCGACCAAAAAACACUAUACAAAUGGACAAUAUUGUGUCGAGAAAAUACGCAACUCCUCUUGGGCCGAUCAAAAGUUGUACACAUUUCUUUGCUUCGAUUCAAAAGUGGUUGGAAACGAUCGUAUACGUUUUAAGGUCUACACCAUUGGUUUACUGAUUUCAUGUUCAUUUUAUGCCAUAACGCUAUUGGUCUAUUUGUCUAUAGCAAAAUUGCGUAAUUUACCUGGAAAAAUAUUGAUCUGUUUGGUGAGCAGUUUGUUUACAGCAUAUUUGGGCAUUGCCCUGGGUCAACUGAUGCCAACGCCAAAUGAUACUGUUUGUUUUGCAUCAGGUUUCUUUAUAUAUUUUUGUUUAAUGGCUGCAUUUUCUUGGAUGAAUGUCAUGUGUUUCGAUAUCUGGCAGACAUUUGGAUCAGCUAAAAAGAAACAUGGAUUUAAAAAGAAUCAAACUAAAAGAUUUUUAUUGUACUCUUUAUACGGAUGGGGUCUGCCAACGCUGAUAACAGUCAUAACGGUAACAUUAACAAAGACCGAAGUUUUAAGUGAAAAUAUACGACCAAAUUUUGGACAUGGUAGAUGUUGGUUUACAUAUGAUUCUCCGGGUUCAGCAAAUCUACUAUUUUUCUCCGGUCCCAUUGGCGUGUUAUUUCUCAUCAAUUUUAUUCUCUUUACAUUAACGUUACGCUAUUGUAAUCGUGUUAAACGUGAAAUAUUUCGCAUGCAAAGUUCAAAUAAUGAGAAACCUGUGCUGAAAAGACGUUUCUUUGUGGAUAAGGCGAGAUUUGCCAUGAAUACGAAACUUUUCGUGGUAAUGGGUAUUACAUGGUUUCUAGAGCUUUUGAGUAUUUUAUUUUACGAUCAUAAAAAGAUUUUCUUUUGGGCAAUUAGUGAUUCGUUUAAUGUCCUGCUCGGUGUGUUUGUAUUCUUUAUAUUUGUAUUUAAGAAACGAGUUUGGUAUUCGGUUUUGGAGAAAGUUGGAUUACGAACGAGUGAAUCUAUGAAGAAUGGUCCAAUCGGAACUGGUGCUACUCAUUCCACUUAUACUCAAAAUAAUAUAUCGAUGACACGUCUUAAUGCUAUUGAAGGAAAAACUACACUAUUAAGCCCAAAUGCAGCACGCCGUAUGCCGACUUUGUAGACUUGAUGAUGAUCUAAGAUUCUACAUAUGCUUUUGUAAAUACUUAUUAUUAUUGUAUAUUUUGUUCAUUUUAAUUGUUUUUAGUUUUAAAAUGCUUGCAUUUAUGUAUGUUUAAAUCAUUUUUUAUUUAUUUUUGUUUCAUAUUUUCCUCACUUCAUCAUUUCGAGAACAAUGAAAUUUUAUUGACGAAGUUUAUAGGUUAAGUUAAACUUUUUCUUUAAAUAUUUAAAGUCUACAUUGACUAUUUUUUAAUUAUACAUACAAACAUCUUUUAAAUUUUCUGGGUUUAAAUAUGAUUGGACAUUACAGCACUUAUUCUAUAUUAUGGUAGUUAUAAUCAUAUAUCUAGUUAUCGCAAUCGUAUGUUCAAUUGUUGCAACGAAAAAUACGUUUACGGUGACCACAGCUUAAGUAAAUGAAACUCAAAUAAGUGCUGUAACCAUGUCCAAGCGUUUCUUACAAUAGUGGCACGCAGAUUCUUAACUUUUUAUAGAAUAAUCAAGUUUGCUUAGCGGAACAUUUUUUAAAAUAUCUGUAUACAUUUUGUAGCUGAGUUUUGUUGUUGCAAACAAAACUUAAAAUUCUUACUUCAAUUUAUCCCUCCGAGUAUUCUUUCAUUCUCAUGCUAAGAAAUGUGAUUUUUCGCAAAAUUUAAUAGUUCCUUAUGUAAGAGGGCGAGGACGAGGCUAUGACGGUCGUUUAAGGUAAUGUUAGUUGUAUUUCUUAAUGCUCCAUGCCGUUUAUUGCUUUCAAGAUGCAAUGACACUCAUAAAAAUUCCUUAUUUCAGAUGUUUUUAAAGAAAUUUCAGAUGACUUCCUCAGAACACUUUAUCACAGGUAAAACUUCCUAAUUGGAAAUAAUCGUUUAUCAACGUAUCUGACUAUAACCACCGAAUACCUACCUAGUGAAGCAGGAAUUGGGAACACAUGCGAUAUAUAUAGCUGUACAAAUGUGAAAGUCAAUCACACAUAUAUCACAAAUGCUGUAUGUAGUAUAAUCAAAACGCCUAUUGCAAUCCUCAAAGGAAAUCGCUAGAAAAACAUAGAUUCGAUAGAGGUUUAAGAUCUGUGCAUAUUUACCUUUUCAAUUGAACUUUCUUAUUAGGUUAAAGUAAUACAAUUUCAGGGAGUUUUUGGUCCAUCAUGCAAAGCCUUUUUCAAUCUGUUUUAGAGACGGGUGUAAAAUCCAAAAUAAUAUCACUACCAAGAUAUCUAGACCUAAUCGAAAGCCUGGUAAUGACAAAGAAAUAGCGUUUCUCUAUACUCUUCUGAAUACUUUCAAUUUUCUAUAGUUCUACCCUACCAAUCGGCUUAGAAUAUUUUUCUGAGGUCCGGUUUCUGAGGUUGCUUAAACAAAUUUAGCCGGGCUAUAACCGAUGAUUGUGUUUUUCAGUUUUAGACUUAAGCUCAGUUAACUUUGUUAAUAUUGCCAAGUUUUCACUCAAAAACAUACACAAUGAACAGAAUCAGAAAAUUGCAAUUU